AUGCACUGCGCCGUAGCCUCGAAGCGCGACGGCUGCGGGCGGCCAGCAGAGGGGCUUCGGCCCGCUGGCCAGGGGAAGCCGCGGCGUGCCAGGCGCACUUCGCUGACAGACGCGCGCCAUGCCAAGCACAGGAGCGACGAACAGAAAACGGGCCCUACGCAAGAUGGCAUGGUGACCUCACGCGGUGGCUUGCGCGGGCCGCCGGCGCGGCACGCCAGAUGGGAAGCGAGGGCGCUUGCGAGGGACCUUACGAAGGCAACUUGCGCGCGACUGUCGGCACAGACGAACUCGUUUUUCUGCGUCGCUCAACUGUUGAAGCCCUGA